UCACAAAGAAAGUGUUCUCGAUAGUCAACACUACCAUUUCUUCUCCAGCUCAGAAAAAGCCAGACUCAUUUUCUCUGCUAAAAUGACGACUUUGCAGACUAUCUUUUUAUUUUUCAUUGUGCCUUUGGUGAAGUUAGUACCACCAAUUCAACAAGAGUCACUCAAUCUUUAUGAGUAUGAUACAGACAUUUUCGAAGAACUGGUUAAACAAGAUUAUGAAGACAAAUCCCAGGAUGCAAUAAAGAAAAAGGGAAAAGAUGGCAUGAUUGUUUCUCCUGACUCUAACAUACAGCUGGAACUGCAGAGAGAUGAGAGUGUACCUAAAGUACCACCAACCAAAGAUACAAAUUUGCCCACUUGUCUGAUGUGUGUGUGUUUAAGUGGAUCGGUAUACUGUGAAGAAAUUGAUAUUAUUGCGAUUCCCCCUCUGCCAAAGGAAACAGGCUAUCUUUAUGCACGAUUCAACAAAAUAAAGAGAGUGGCAGUCUCAGAUUUUGCUGAUAUUCCUACAUUAAGAAGAAUUGAUUUAAGUGGAAAUAUGAUAGACGAAAUUGAAGACGGUGCCUUUUCAAAGCUUCUGUUAUUAGAAGAACUUUCACUUGCUGAAAAUAAACUGAUAAAACUUCCAGUUCUGCCCCCCAAGCUAAUUACAUUUAAUGCAAACUACAACAGAAUUAAGAGCAGAGGUAUCAAAGCAAAUGCUUUCAAGAAGCAGACCAAUUUGUCAUAUCUCUAUCUAGCACACAACACACUGGAAUCUGUACCUCUUAACUUACCAGAGACUCUGCGUGUUCUGCACCUUCAGUUUAACAACAUAACCUCAAUCACAGAUGACACAUUCUGCAAAUCCAACAACACACGUUAUAUCCGUUCACGUAUGGAUGAGAUAAGAAUGGAAGGCAACCCAAUCAUCUUGGCAAAGCAUCCUAAUGCUUUUUCUUGCUUGAAAACACUGCCUGUAGGAGCAUAUUAUUAACCACUACCUACUAAUUACACAUGCUAAAAACUUAAGUAUGGUAACAGAUGAUCAUUCCUGUUCCUUUUUUAAAUGACUAUAUCCUUUCCCUUAUUAAUUAUGUUUUUCUAUAUACCUAAUGAACUUUUAAUCAUGUUAAAAAUGUAGUUCUAGUCUGAAAAAUCACUAUGUAAAAAAACAGCAUCUGCUCACUUGGCAGACCCAAUAUCACCUGUACUUUCAGAUUCAUGUAAGUUUAUGACAGUGUCAAAAGUAUGGGCUUAACCCUGCAACACUUACUUCUGCAAGCAUCCUUUACUCAUAGGUAUCAUUCCUUUAACUUCAGUGGUUUAAUUGCAAUACUCAUAUGAAUAAGGAUUGCAGGAUCAGGCUGUAAGUUUUAAUUACUUUAUUCAUACUAACACUGCAAAGCAAACACAACUGUGAGAAUGUUAUUCUGGCUUGCACAUCAGCAGAAUUGCUAAUUAAGUUCCAAGAGUCAAGUCACCCACACAACUCAAUUGCAAGUUGGAGGCAAUGGGUUUGCACUGGUGUAACUACAACCAGAAUCUGGCUCAAAUCAUUUUAAUUACUGAUUAAAAUCCAUGACCUGUAAAAAGCACAGGUUCACUCUAAGUCUUUGUCUUGGUCAGGAAAAUCAUUGAAUUCAGAUCAGGCUUCGAACAGAUGAACUUUGUUUAUUCUUUUGGUAAACCAAGAAAGUUUCACUGGAACACACUAAGAAAAAAUAAAGAUGGACUUUUACAAUGUCACUUUUUAGAAUAGAAGCCAUAGUUCAAUUACUGGAAAAAUGUAAAAAACAGACACAGAAAACUUUAAAAUGCUUAGGAAUAAAAUGCAAAGUUCGUUCUAUCUUAAACUGUAAAACGGUGUGAAAAACUAAUUCAAUUAUAUUACCAACAUGGUUUUACCCUUUUAGCUUUUUUCAGAUGCAAGCAAUACAAAGGGACAGUCUCAUAUUAAUGGUGGGGGCUUUUGACUAACAGUUCAGAUUAAAAUAAAGAUAACUACACCCUAAAGAUAUUGAUUCUGACUUAACACAAAUACACAAUUUCAGAUUACUUUUCUUUUUCUGUUUUUGUUUGUUUCACUAGGCAUUUGCACAGUCCUCAUUUGGCUUAGCUGCUUCAUAAAUACAAGUGUACAAAAAAACCUAAUCACUGAUACUAGACUUAUCCUGGACAAGUGGUAUAUGAAAGGAGCUUGUUGAAAUAUGAAAAGUUCUCAACUUCAUAGCUACUAUUUUUUUUGUUUGUAUAGUUAUUUAAAUUUCAAAUACAUAAAGGUAUUUCACUUUGGAAUCACUGUUUUUCCUUAGUAAUAUAAGCCAGUUUACAGUAACAACUUUUUUUUAUUUCCAGUCUAAUUAAACAAUAAUAUGACAGUGCUUGACCUGAGCAACGAAUAUAGUUGAAUUGAAUAUUAUUAUGUGCACAUUAAAAGCCUGAGGUACAGUUAGUAUGCACCUAUGAAAAUUGAAACCUAAUAGGCUUUUUAGUAGUGUCAAAACCAAAAAUUGUUUGGCUGGUUUUAAUUUUCUUGGAGAAGAAAGUAAUUAUUUUAUUAUAAUUAUUUUAAAAAAUAAAAAUAAGCCAGAAGAUUUUUUUUUAUCUUGAAUACAUAAUUAAGAAAAAUCACAAUCACACUUGCACCAGUAUUGUUUCAUUUUUUUUCUUUUAAAUCCCCUGACAUUUUGAAAAUUAAAUUUAUCACUCUUGUUGGGGUUGAUGAGUUAACUAGCAGCUAGAACACUUGAUUUUCAUUUUCCAUUUAAAAAAAAUUACUCUUGAGUCAUGAUACUCCUAUGCUUUAAAGUUUUUAAUAAAAAAAUAAAAACAUCCACCCACAGCAGCCACCAUUAUAUUCCAAGUUCAAGUCAAGCUGAUGCCAAAAGGAAAAAAAAAAACAUUUCUUUGUCCUAGUAGUGGCCAAUGUAUAA